UCUUCACGAAUCCAUUAAUUUAUUUUUUUCAGAUCCAACGGAAAUGCAGCUGAGAAAGAAGCUGCACGAGGCAAUUGUCGAUGGAGAAGAAGAUGACUGUCCGAAGCGCAAAAUUAAAAAAUUGGACAUUCAAGUCGACGCUGCCACCAAAGUUUUCAGCAACCAGCACAUUCUCCACGAUAUCAUCGAAUACACGGUUGAUGGCGACAAAUCGAUUUUGGAUAAUUUGCGAUUGCGGUUAGUGAGCAGAUCAUUCAACAACGUGGUUCUCAGCAAAGUUCGUGCUGAAUUUAAAAUGGUGCAGGUGUGUCCGUAUCAGCAGCCGGAAGGAGCAGAUGAAAAAGAGGAACCAGAAUAUGAUGAGUCAAAUGAUAUUGAAGAUCGAUCAUUUAUGAUAAAUGACCGGAGGACGUGGUUCUCCCAAGUGCCCAGAUUCUUCGAAUUUUUAAAUUCAGUGGCUCGAAUUCGUGUUCGCGAUCUCCUCUUCUCUGGAUUCACUUCUCCAGAUCAACGUAUUCACGAGUGCAUUUUAUACAGCCUGCUCGACGGAAACUGGUAUUCGCUGAAUUCGUACAAAGGCGCCGACGAGCUGUGCAAUGGAUGUGCAGUGUGCUCGGAAAUUGCUUCCCGUGUGAGCAUCUACGGUCCUGUGCAAUUUUGUACAUUAAUUAACCCGAUUCUGGGAAAAAAAUCGUAUGAACAAUUGAUUGUUACCGAAAUAUUAUUGGCAGAGAUUGCUCUUCAUUGCGUUACAAUGGUUGGAAGCAGAGAAGAAGCAUUCAGUCGUCUCACCAAAAUGAUUACCCAAGAUGUUAACUGUGAUCAACUGGAUCUUGUGUUCUCUGACAGAUGUAUGUGGUCAAAGGGUACAUUGGCUCAUCCUCGAGAGGUUAUUGACAGGAUUGUCAAAGCUUGGCGUGUUAAAUCAAUCAAUAUCCGUUUCAUGACGGAAUACUCUUCAAUCGAUCAUGAGAUGUGGUCGAAUAAAAGGAUCUUCACAGAAAUGCGAUUCGAUGAGAUGUUUGUGACGGAUCACAAUAUUAUAAGACCUCGUCACGAGCGGGAUCACUUCGAACGCGUCGAAGUGGACAUGCAGGCCGGCGAUGAGAUUGCCACGUGUUUUGCGGAAUCGAUGGGAAUGUUCGAGCAGAGUGGGAUGUCGGCAACUGCAUUUCAGAACGUUUGCGCCAACGUCAAGCGUAUUUUCCCAACGCAAGAUAUGUACCUCAUUCUGCCGACUGAACUGGCUCACGUGGCUUCUGUCGAGUUUGACGGUUUCUGUAAGGCACUUCUGGAGUUUGCGUGGAAGGAUGAGAGGACUGCUAGACACUCGAGACUCUUCUUCCGGCUUUACACAUUCGGAAUAACCGAGGAGCAAGUGUUGAGGCAAACAGAAAAUCAAUUCAAAAUCAACUGCCGACCAGUGGCUGCAAUGCUGUCCGACUCAUCCGUCCGACGCUCCUUCCUCCAGUGGCUACCGGGCUCCACGUCAACCUUCGACCGUUCACUCCUCUCCUUCACUGAUGUCUGGAACAAUUGUGUUCUCCAUCUGGAAGUGUGCAUUGAAGCCGAUUGUUAAAGUUUUUCCCAUCCUCUUUUAAUCUCAAAACAGUAAUUACCAUAACUAGACCCUCGAUUUUAACCAUUUAUAACUGAUGAUUUCUUUUUAAUUUUUAAAUCAUAUUACACCCAGCCUCACCCAUAUUAGAAUGACCUCCCCCCCCAGCAUAGUUCACCCAUCUUCCUGUGAAUAGUAAUCAUUCGUUCUCUGAGUAUAAUAAAACUUUAUCGCCCCCUAAGUUUUCAUUUUGCCCAUCCACAUUCCCUCUACUGAUUGUUUAUGAAUUUGUCGUUGAGUUUUUAUUUUCAGAAUCAACUAAAUAAAUACAAAUUUUUUAUAAAAAAUC